UCUACAGUUCCGCAUUCACCACAAUGCUCUAGGACUACCGCACAGAGAAGAUAUUUGCUUCUGACCACGCCGCUACGGCGAAGAGUCCUUUAGCCCACAAGGACUUGGUCCAUCCACGCUGACAUCGACAAUGUGAACAACUUCGCACACCAAUUUUGUCUGCAAUUGCGAAAAUCCACAUCCUCAUCCGCAAACAUGGCAGACCCAUUCGAAGUGCGCAUGCGCUUCACGAACCUCCUCACGCAUCUGUCUGCGUCAGCAACAGCAUCGAUCAAGACCGCGCACUAUGCCCUCAAGCACCGAGACAUGGACGAGGAUCUGCACUCCUGCAUCAUCGAAAACCUCGAGAGGGGAAACAACAUGAACAACCGAGCAAACAUAAUGUACUUUCUCGAGCACCACGCCGACGUCAACUCGAAGGAAGGCGGCCACGAAGCCUACGUCGAUAUGAUCCGGCGGGACAUCCAGCGCAUCGUAGACGCAGUCGCCCAGAGCGGUGCCAACGUCAAAGUGGUAAGGCGAGUGGUCACCGGACUGGGCGAAAAAGGCGUACUCACAACAGAGGUACUCAGCGUCAUCGAGACUGGCCUGAAGGACAAGGAAGAGAAAAUGGGGAGACUACUUGGCGACGACGAUGGUCGAGCGGACGGAGAAAAGGAUGCCACAACCAACGCCGCCGAGGGCGCAGCUGAGAGUCAUAGACCAACGCCCAAAACAGGAUAUUCGGGGAAGCCUAAUGGCGUAUCGCGUAUGGACAAGCGAGCGAUUGAGCAGAGAAUCGAGGAGGAUCGAGAACGAAAUAAGAGGCUACGAGAGAGCGUCUGGGCGAUUACAGGUGACGACGAUCAGGAGCUAGAAAAGAUGUGGGAAGAAGGAAGUUCCGUUGGUGAAGAUGAGCAUGUUAUUGCUGACGAAGAGGCUGAGGAGCGCCUUCAAUUCGUCCGAUACCAUCAAGCAACGCUGGGUAUCUGAAAAGGGCAUGACAUGAGGCUGGUACCGAAACCCCCAACAGGCGGCUCCUCGUUUGGAAUGGUCUCUCGGAGAGACCGCCCUUGGUGCCUCAAGAUCAACUGCAUUUCGGAUGCAGAAGUGCGUGAAUUUUACACGCGGAUCUUACGCCCUCCACACAGCAAAGUCUAAAAGAGCGCACCCUCAGACUUUCGCUUUCU